UGGAUCGUCAAGUUCAUAUAAAGCUUUCCGUUCGCGUGGUAAUGUUGCAUAUGUUAAUCGACGCGAAUUAAUUUCGCCUAUUUCACUUGACGGGUUCAUUGCGCUUCUCAUGCUGACAACGAAAGCGAAUAACAGCAUGUGAGUGUUUGAAGCUCUAGUCGGUCGGAUAUCUGUCAGCAGUGCGGAAGAGAGAGGGAUGGGGCAGAUCAAUGCUGUCAAACUGACUCAUAAGACCCUGAAAUGAUGCGGAGAUAACAACGGGAAAUAUAGCCCGAAGACCAAGCGUUCAACAAUAUAAGCAGAAGAGCAGCAUGCUCGAUCGGAUAGACCCGUGAGCGAAUAAAGGCAUUGAAAUUGAUCAAGCCAACUGUCAGACUCGCUGUACGCUCCAGAAGCCUCGACACACACUGAGGAUGACAGGUUGAUUUUUUUAGGCGAGUGAAACUUUUUUUAAAACCAUUGCGACACAAAUUGGUAGACGUGUUAUCUGCUUCAACCAAAUCGAAAGCAAGUUCUAAAGGCAAAAGCUGUGAUCAGUCUCACCGCGGGAAAUUGUUGAACAAAAGACACGCGACCAAGUUGAAACUUUGUAGUGCUUUUAAGUCCUCGUGGUCGUGAUUCGCCUCAAUCCGGGUGGCGGAGGAUGAAUCCCAGUUGCCUCCGCGUCUGAGACCGUCAACCCACGCAUCUUAUCACGUGGCUUGUUGAGCGCGUUGCCACAGAGACAUAAAGCGUGUGGAGGCUUCACGUCAUCCACUGCGGCAACCUCGCUCAACUCACCACGCGCCCCACCAAGAAGGAACCACAUUAUAGCGAUCACGAGGAGAUUACCCAUGUGACUCUACCCUCCCUUGCAACCAGGCCAAUUUGGUUGCUUAGGAGACCUGGCUGGAGUCACUCAGCACACCCCAGGAUUCGAACUAGCGAACUCCAGGGGUGGUCACCAGUGUCUUUACCACUGAGCUACCCAGGCCCCCAAGCUGUGUGUCUUCAUGGUCUCUGUCUGCUGUUGAGAUACAAUUGGGGGAAACAUAUGCCGCAAGACUAAGUUGCCUGUAACUGCAAACCAGAGUUGGAGGUGGAACAUUUAAUGCAAAAACAACCACACCCCCUUCCUCCCUGCCUCCAAGCCCCUCCUUCUGCAUUGUCAUGGCUAUGAGCAGCGAUCCCGGUUCCGUAGGUGUGGAGCUUGACACAGAUUCCUUACAGACCUCUGAGAUGAUUGAAAAGAUGUCAGCUGUCUCCUUAAGAUCUGAUCCUUCCUCCAAUGGAGUAAAGAAUGGGACAGGUGUUAGGAAAGCUCCACCCCAGAGGCCACACCUAUCAGGCAGGAAGAUGUCAUUGCAGGAAAGAGGGACAUACGGAUCUGCGGGGGGUGGAGCAGACCGCUAUUCCCACAUCUCUGCACGAGUGGCUAGACAGCCAACCAUUGAGUCCAAACGAGUGUCCAUCUCUGACUCGCAGGAUUGCAUUCAGCUAAACCAGUACAAGUUAAAGUGUGAGAUUGGGAAGGGCUCAUAUGGCGUUGUCAAGUUGGCAUACAAUGAGGAUGAUGACAAAUAUUAUGCAAUGAAAGUUGUGUCUAAGAAGAAGCUGAUGAAACAGUAUGGUUUUCCACGUCGUCCUCCUCCGCGAGGUCCUAAAGCAGCCCAGGGACAGCAGCCCAAGGUGCUUGGUCCUCUGGAGAGAGUUUACCAGGAGAUAGCCAUCCUGAAAAAGCUGGACCACCUCAACAUUGUUAAACUGGUUGAGGUGUUGGAUGAUCCAGCAGAGGACAACCUUCACAUGGUAUUUGAGCUGAUGCAGAAGGGGCCUGUGAUGGAGGUCCCCACCGACAGUCCCUUCAGUGAGGACCAGGCAUGGCCCUACUUCAGAGAUAUUGUUCUGGGCAUCGAGUACUUGCACUAUCAGAAGAUCGUUCACAGGGAUAUCAAACCAUCUAAUUUGUUACUGGGAGAUGAUGGACAUGUCAAGAUUGCUGAUUUUGGGGUCAGUAACCAGUUUGAGGGUAAUGAUGCCUUGCUCUCCAGCACUGCCGGUACUCCUGCUUUCAUGGCCCCAGAGACGCUAUCGGACAACCGCAAGAGCUUCAGUGGAAAGGCUCUGGAUGUGUGGGCUAUGGGAGUGACCCUCUAUUGCUUUGUGUAUGGCAAGUGCCCAUUUAUUGAUGAGUACAUACUGGCACUUCACAAUAAGAUCAAGAGUAAGCCGGUGGAGUUCCCUGAGAUGCUUGCUGUCAGCCAGGGGCUAAAGGACCUGAUCUUACGAAUGCUGGACAAAACCCCAGACACAAGGAUCACCAUUCCAGAGAUCAAAGUGGACCCCUGGGUAACUCAUGAUGGGGCAGACCCAUUGCCUUUAGAAGAGGAACAUUGUACUGUGGUGGAAGUCACUGAAGAGGAGGUGCAGAACUCUGUAAAGUUUGUCCCUAGCCUUUCUGCUGUGAUAUUGGUUAAGGCCAUGUUAAGGAAGCGUUCCUUCGGGAAUCCAUUUGAGUGUCCCAGCAGAAGAGAGGAGAGAUCCAUGUCUGCACCAGGCAGUCUGCUUAUGGACUCUUGGCCGUUCCGUCCCUCUUUUAAACUCCAGCCCUUGUUAAGAAAAGGGAGCAGUGGUGAGGCUAGUAGAGAAGUGGAGCUUGAGGACUUGCAUGAGGAUGAACCACCCACCUCUUGAGAGUCUCCAUAGAUCUCCACAGCUCAUGAAGUUCUCCAUAUAGACAUUUGCAACCCUUUCAGCAGAUUCAUGACCCAAACUGCACCACUAUAAUGCAUUCUUCUAUUGCAUCCUUCAGUCUUGUCACUUUUAUUGGUCUUUCAAAAGAAUCACUUUCACUCACUUUUUCAAAUCCACUAUAUUAACAGUUCUCUUUUUAUGAGGCAUUUCAGGUCCUACCUUGCAAAACUGGGGGGUUACAUAAUUUUGUCCUUCUCGCAGUUUGGAUCUUUCCAACUGUUUCACACUGUGUCCUCGCAUCCUACAUUUUGGAAACAAUCUACGCUGGACCAGAAAGAAAGACCUUGAAAGACAAACUACGCCACAAGUUCUUUUGGACAUAGACCUACAGCAUGGACAGAAGAUGGGGACCUGAACUUGGUAUGGCAACUCAUAAAGCUAAAAGCAGCAUUGACAUUGAUGCAGUGUAACCAUCAUGAUGUUUGUACAUGUAUAUAAUAUAAUAGCUACAGUGUCCUGCCUUUUUGCACUUUGAAUGCAUUAACAUGCAAUUCUUAGCCCUAUCAGUCAUAUAGCAUGCCUGAAAUAUGUCCUUUUCCAUAUUGUGGUGAAAUAUGGUGUUUCCAUAUCUGUUUCUUUCCUUAUUUCAUACCAUCUGCUGUAUAGUUUCUCAUUUCAUUCAGACACAAUAUAUGACCACACAUGCAUACAGUGUGUGUAUGUCAAUUAAAGGGGCUAAUAUUGCCACUAGGCAUGAGAUGAGUAAUACUAAAGAGGCCUCUCGGUAAAUAAAUGUCUCAAAAAUGCACAUUCUGUGAAUUCUAGAAAACAGGGCUUUCUCAUGAAACUUACAUGCCUGAGUGCUUUUCAUCUCCCACACGAGGACCAUGAUUUUGCCAAAUAGGACGCAUUCCUGGAUCAGCAUCCUUAGGGGCAAUUCAGACCGAACUGCGUUUUUGUGUCCAUUUGCAAUGUUUUUUAUUUGUUUUUCUAUGUAAAGUUGCGCUAGGCUGACAUCUUUGACUGUUGUGCAGUGUAUCGUUUUUUUUUUUUUUUUUCUCUGCAAGUCAGGUUAAAGGAACUUCAACUUUUAAAAAAAACCUACACUCUGUUCUUCAGUGCACUGCAUCUAGCUUUUUUUAAACUUAAGAAUGCAUUCUGUCUAAAUGGCCUCUUAUUGGUCGCGGAACAACAUUCCUAGCAACCAGUCAGAUUUAGGGUUAGAAUUAGUGUCAGCACAGUCUAAACCUAUUGCAUAUUACACACAAAACUGGAAAAUACUCUCUCAAUCUAGUAAACAGUAAUCUGAUUGGCUUGUUUGAUGCAACUUUCUCAAGUCUGUAGGCUUUUUAUAUCAGUCCACCUGGAAACAAAAGUUGUGUUGACAAGGUUCCGGGUUGAUGAUACAAGCACUUUCGAGGAUAAAAUAAUCUCUGGAUAUGCAAGUUUGUCAGGUUAGUGACAUCAAAUCUGAUAAAGAUGCUUUGAGUUUUAUAUUUGUUUUAUUAGUUUUGUCUGUGAAAUAGUCUGCGCUUAUUUUUUGUACUGUACUUAUAGUCUCCAUACUAACUCAUUUAUUGCUAUUUUUGUGUGUUUCUGGUACAGUUGUAGAGGAGACUAACACACCAUUGUUUAAAUUCAUUUUUUCCAUGUUGGUCAAUUAUUUUGGAAUAUCCCCGCCCUUAAACAGCGUAUAAUGUUGGAACAGUGAACUGUGAUUGAUUGCUUUACAUGUCAGUCAGGCAGCACUUCAUGUCUAAGUAGCAGGUUCUUGGCCAGAACAAGUUGCUCAAUGAUCCAGACAUUUUGCUGUAAAGUCAAAACGUUUGGCUACAUGAGAUUAGGAUUGGUUUUAGUGCUGAGGCUUGGGCUUCCACAACAUUCUAAUUAACCUAUCAUUUCCCUCUGGUUUUAUGGGCAGUUAAUGGUAAAGUUUAGGGUUAUGGUUAGGAUUGUUUAUUUGAUAGGAAUGUAGUUCCUGUACCAAGCACUGUCGCCUCACACCACGAAGGUCCCGGGUUCGAAUCCAGACUCAGCUGGGCCUUUCUGGGUGGAGUUUGCAUGUUCUCCCCGUGUUCACGUGGGUUUCCUCUGGGUGCUCCGGUUUCCCACACAAGUCCAAAAAAAAAAAAAAAAAAACAUGCACAUUAAGUGAAUUAGAGACUCUAAAUUGCCCCGUAGGUGUGAGUGAGAGUCCCCCAGCCACUGGGGGUUGCGUCAGGGAGGGCAUCCGGCGUAAAUCCUGUGCCAAGUCAAAUAUGCGGAUCACAGAUUGUCCGCUGUGGCGACCCCUAACAGGAGCAGCCAAAAGAAGUAGUAGUAGUAGUAGUAGUAGUUUCAGUACCAACUAAAGAUGUUGAAUUCGGGAACGUGACCUACUUGGCUAAAUUACAGUCACCUCUCUCACACACACAUUUUAACCAUUAUCUAGAACAGGGCUUAUUCUUCAUGUUUGUGAAUGUCACAAUUUGAAAGAUUGCUCAGGAUGUGGGGAUCUUGUGUUGCAGUGCUUUGUCUAACUACAGAAACAUUAGGAUAUGUCCGAAUGUGUCAUUGUUUACAGAGGCAACACAUUCCAAAAGGCCUGUUUGUCAGUCAGCAGCACUAACAGGCCCACAAACACAUUCACAAACAUGCCACAGAAAUGAAUGUUCGAGUGUGUGACGAUGUGGAAUCACUUUCACUCAGAACAGACAGGCCAAUUGAGGAAAGGAUCUGAAUAUGAUGUUUAGCUCCGGAAAGAAAGUGAACUGCCAUUCAAUGUCAUCACAGUCCCUCUCGGCCUAGAUUAACAAUACGCCUUGUUUACAUCAGAUCCUCUGCCAGGCGAGCCAAUCAUCUCUUCUUCCUAAACUGCAAAUUCAGAAUGCAAAAUAUUUUUACUCUGGAAUACCAACUGCACAUUGGCAAGCACUACGUUUCAUAACAAGCACAGAGCACUCAUAUUAGAUUUUUAUAAUUGUGAAAGCCUCAUCGAGCCUGGUUCUGUUUUUAAUGAAUUUUACAAGAACAAAACUGGAUGCUUAAUCAGGUCAGCUGCCAAUUAUUUCCCAUUAAACUGAUUAUGAAAGCAGUAAGUGCUUACUGGAAACCUUUUCACAGAUGUCACUUAUUUAGAGGACUCAUUAUUGCUUAUUUCAAGACCGAUUGAUAAGCUGCAGUGAACUGCUUUCAUUAUAUUCUUACUAAUAUCCUGAGCAGAUGGUGGUGCAUUUUCCUGACUCCUACACAUGCCUCUCUCUUCCCCCAUCUCUCUCUCUCUUUCUGUCUCUCUCUCUCUCUCUCUCUCUUAUGCACACACUCCAAGUAGAUUUUUCUUGUCCAUUACAUUUUCUAUUAAAACUGAAUUACACAGGAAAACCAUUUUCAGUAAUACUUUACAAUAAGGUUGUAGCCUUAGUUGCUGACAUGGCAUUAAACUUUUAAUUACCUACCUGCAAUAAGGUUGUAUGCAUUAACAUUAGUUAACAUGAGAUAACAAUGAACAAUACUUUUACAGCAUUGAUUAACAUUGGUUAAUGUUCAUUUCUACAUACAUUAAUACAUUUAUAACUUUAAAAGUUGUACAUCAACAUUAGUACAUCUUCGUUUACAAUGCAUUAUUUAACAAUGAACAAUUGUACUUAUUAUUCAUAGUGUAUUUAUAAAUUAACAUCCAUCAUGUUUUAAAAAAUGCUGGAAACAAAUUGGGUAACACUUACAUUAAAGGUUUAGUUCACCCAAAAAUACAAAUAUAACAUUUACUCACCCUCAUGCCAUCCAAUAUGUGUAUGACAUUCUUUCUUCUGCUGAACACAAUUGAAGAUUUUUAAAAGAAUAUUUCAGCUCUGUAG